CACAUAAAGCCAAAAUAAUGCAUCUCUCAGCUAUACUGUCGGUACUAUUUGUCCUUUGCCUGACCCUGGUGGCUGGACAAAACAGGCAAUGCGAUGAAUUGACCCAGAGAUGCGAGAGGUGCGUCGAAAGGCUGAACAACCGAAACGAUCGCGAGUUGCCAGCCUUCAACAGGCAUUGCAGGAAUAAGACCCGAGCCACUUGGCGCUGGAGGGAUGUUGGACGUUGCGAGCUCACCAGGUUGAACUGCCUGGGAGCGAACCGUAGAAUGAAUUGUGAGGACAUCGCUGAAGUGGCUGGCAUGCAGCGUAUCAACUAAUUUACACAAUGAAACACACAAGAUAUUUGAUGAAUUGAUA